UCUACGGCAGAAAAUGACUUGAGGUUUGACCAUCUGUGCGUUUGACAUAUGACAAGCAAAAACAAAACGCUCCAGCAAGUGGAAUUACAGAGAAAGGGUGUCUCAUUUUCUCUGUUCUCAAUAAUUAUCGGUAAUUGUAAAGAAUACAUAAUGUGUGAUUAGACAUAUCCAGUGAAACUAUGGCUACAGCUGAUGAAGAAAAGAUUUUAGAGGGUUUUUUGUGCCCAAUUUGCAAGGCAGACUUAAAAUCUGCAUCACAACUCACGAGUCAUUUUGAGAGUCUCCACCAAGAAGAACAGGAUGUUUUGAGAUCUCUAAAGGAUAUUUUUGGAAAGGCUAAGAAAAUAAUACUUAAUAACGAUGAUGCAGAUUUGAAAGAAACGUUUGAUCGCGCUUUAAAGUUUAGUUAUGCAGACUAUCGCGAUGAGGAACAAUCGGAAGGCGUAUCACGCAGCUCGUCUGAUUAUUUCAAAGCCGUGCGAUCCGCUAGACUGGAGAGGUAUGCGACGGAAACCAACAAGCUGUUGAUAAGGCUGGAUAAAUUAGUUUGCAAUAUGCCCAGUGAUCCUAAUCAGAGGAAGCAAUAUGAACAGGAAAUAGUACCAUGGCUAGAUGGUUCGUCGGUGAAGUUGUGUCCAAACUGCGCUAAAGCUUUCAAUCUGACUCGGCGGAAGCACCACUGCCGGCUGUGCGGCUCCAUACUUUGCCACGACUGUUCUCUGUUCCUAGAUAUUAAUGUAGCUAGAUCAAUCGUAGACCCCUCAGCUCCACCGACAGCAGCCCCGGCUGAUGCAGAAGUGACGGAGAAGACCGGUCUCCGUCUGUGCGAGCAUUGUUACAACCUCAUAGAGUUGCGGAAACAAGUGCAAGAGAGUAGGAAUGCUAAGACUGUACUGAUGACGGCUUACGAACAGAUGAGGAGUCUGAUGGACCAAGCCAGGCCAGCCGUGGCUUUGUAUGAAAAGAUGUGUCAAAGCCUUUUCGACGGCGAGACGACGUACAAUUUGUCAGACGUGAACGCAAUGCGCGGGCGCAUUGGAAAGCUCGCCGAGGGGAUAGAUCUUUUGAGUAAACAAAUCGCUUCGUUCCCGGCCGAGCCUGGUACCAGGCAAUUUAGACUCCAAAACGCAAUUAGACAAGCAGCUGCGCAUUAUAUUAAGGAGGACCUUUUAUCUCUGCGGAAAUUACCAACUGAGGCUCAGAUAGAUGAGGUCCGUCGACAACGAUAUGAGAGGGCUGAACGGCAAAUACAAAUGGAACGGCAGAAAAUGGAAAAAGAAAGGGAGAGGUUAGAGGACCUGGCCGGCCCGAGCGGGAGGGAACGGGAAGUCGCUAAUGAUAAUGAUGACGACAAUCCUCUGCUUGAGCAAAUGAACAUCAUCAGACAGUAUAUUAAGGAGGCCAGGGAAGAGUUCAAGUUUGAAGAGGUGGCAAUACUGGAGGCAAACUUAAAGGAACUGAAAAAAGAAUACCAUCUGCAGAAGCUCUCAAACAAAUGCUAGUCAUUCCAAAUGUAGUUUAAAAAGCAUUAAUGUAUCGUUACCUUCGAUGUACAGCAUUAAGUCUAUAUUAAUUUAUUAUCUAUGAAAGAUAUUAUGUUAGUUAAAUUUAUUAAAUUUUUACCUUAAAUACUUAUGAAAGUAAGAAAUAAAGUAUAUAAAUGA